AUGCCAGAAAACAGAGCUCUCUUCUUCAGCGAUAUCCCCUCGGGGCUGCCUGUCGCAGGCAAGGAUCUCACCCUUGAGUCUGUGCCAUACCCCGAGGAAGCGCCUGCGGACGGCAUCAUCCUGAAGAACAUAUACGCCAGUUUCGACCCGUAUCUCCGAGGUCGUAUGCGAUCCCCCGAAAAAAAAUCCUAUGCGCCCCCCUUCGAACUCCACAAACCCAUCGCCAACAGCCAAAUUGCCCUCGUCACGAAGUCCAACAAUGCCAACUUCAAAGAAGGUGACCAUGUAGUCGGCAUGCUGCCCUUUCAGGAAUACGUCGCCCUGAGUGGUCAGCAACUCGCUGCGCUGAAACCGCUACAGAACCCACUGGGUCUUGAGGACAUUCGUGUCUUCCUCGGUGCGUUGGGUAUGCCUGGCUUGACUGCGUAUUCAUCCCUGUAUGAAAUCGGAAAGCCGAAAAAGGGGGACACAAUUUUUGUGUCUGCUGCUAGUGGCGCGGUGGGUCAAUUGGUUGGGCAACUUGCCAAGCAUGAAGGGCUCAGAGUCAUUGGUAGCGUUGGCUCAGAUGAGAAGUUGGAGUUUAUCCUCAAGGAUUUGGGCUUUGAUGCUGGAUUUAAUUACAAGAAGGAAAGUCCCGCACAGGCACUGCAGCGAUUGGCCCCUGAAGGGUUGGAUAUUUACUAUGACAAUGUUGGCGGAGAUCAUCUCGAGGCUGCGUUGGAUGCAAUGAAGGCGUACGGACGUGUGAUUGUGUGCGGUCUGAUUGCGGGCUACAACCAGAAGCCUGAAGAGAUUCACCCUUUGCGCAAUUAUGGACAGAUUCUGUGGAAGAGAUUGACUGUCCGUGGUUUCUUGGUGGGUGAUAAGGGAAUGGGCGAUAAGUAUGCCGAUGAGCACCGAGAGCGUGUCUCGAAAUGGAUCAAGGAGGGUACUUUCAAGGCUGUGACCUGGGAGGUUCAGGGCAUUGAGCAGGCUGCUGAUGGAUUGUUGGCUCUCUUCACUGGACGGAAUUUUGGCAAGGCUGUGUUGAAGUAUUAA